ACCCAAUUGCUUUGUACAUCACUUUUGUCGACCUGGAAGCCCUGAAUUGAAUUCUCAGUUGGGACAUGCAACUUUUGUGAGAACCUUAAGCCUUCCAAAACAAGCUUCUAAUGAAUUGAGCAACCCGAACCACCAGAAAACACGAAAAUUUUCCUCAGAUAUGUCAAAUAGCCCAGAUAUUGCACUCAAUGCAUUCUCCUUUCUUUUGAUCAUUCAAGGUCCUGAUCACCCUCGUGCACAAUACGAAUUCCAGACUGAAACACUUUCUAAAAGAGAACGGUGGUUGGAUGGUCUGUCAUCUGGUCGUCAUGGUGUGCCAGAAAAGCUGGGCUGUGAAAUUUGCGAAUGUCCUCAAGUACUUAUCACAAAACCGUAUUCUGCCCUUGAAUGCGAUGAGUUGGAGCUAAAAGAAGGGGAUCAAGUCAAUGUGCUUAUCAGUCUUUCAGAUGGAUGGCUUAAAGGUGCCUUACCUGAUGGUAGACGCGGUUGGUUCCCAAGUCAUAUUUGUGUUGAAGUUAAAGAUUCAUCAAUGAAACGUGAAAAUAUGAAGAAUUUUAUGCUAAUGGAAGAAGCGAAAGCUGCUUACUGGGUUAGAAAAAACCGUGAAACAUUUGAUGGUUUCCCUAAAGUGAAAGACAUCAGAAACAGUCAACGAGAAUUAAAAACAGGUAAACAAAAAUAA